GGAUGACGAAGCUGCUUCAAUCAAGCGUACACGUGAAACACGAAAUUCUAUGGAAAGACCGGGAUCCAAGUCAAAUUCUACCACCAAUCAUCGAAUGGCCCCUGUAAUUCCCAGGUCAUCCCCCAGUGGAAAAAUUUACAUCGCCGUCGCUCCUACGCCAAGAAAAAUUAAAAAUAAAAAAUAAAUUUAUUCCCAGUCCCCCCAGUUCCAAGACUCCACUAAUGGAUCGCAUAGUACUAGUAGUAAUUUACCACCUCCUCCUCCACUCCCCCGAUGCUUCUUCGCCUUCGCGCCUAUUUAACUCCAACUCUCCGUCGCUUCUGGUAUCGCCACCGCCACACUCUCAGCUAUCUCAAAUCCUUUCUAGACCCUCUCCUCUCCAUCAUCUCUAUUAUAAUGGAUUCAAAUCCAGUAACGGAGGACGCUCCUCAAAUUCAAUCCGUUCCAAACUCCGAUCCUCCGCCGUUUGAUCCGAAAGAACCUGCAAUUCCAAUCUCCUACCCUCUCAAAACGCUGGAAGAGCUCCAGUCCAGGUCCUACUUCCACUCCUUCCAUUUCCCCUUCAAUAAGUCCAGAGUGAAGCUGCAGCAGCAGCAGUCUUCGGCUGCCGCCUUGCCGCAACGGCGGAGGAUGCUGGUGUGUCAUGACAUGGAGGGAGGCUACGCGGAUGAUAAGUGGGUACAAGGAGGGAAUAAUGCUGAUGCCUAUGCUAUCUGGCAUUGGUAUUUGAUGGAUGUUUUUGUUUACUUUUCUCAUUAUUUGGUUACUCUGCCUCCUCCUUGCUGGACCAAUACUGCUCACAAGCAUGGUGUCAAGGUUCUAGGAACGUUCAUCAUGGAGUGGAAGGAAGGGAGAAUUAUGGCUAACAAACUGCUGUCCACAAAGGAGUCUGCUCAAAUGUAUGCCGAGCUCUUGACUGAGCUUGCUGUUGCUCUGGGCUUUGAUGGAUGGCUGAUUAAUAUGGAGGUUGAGUUGGAUGUGGGACAAAUCCCAAAUCUGAAAGAGUUUGUCAGCCAUUUAACCCAGACCAUGCACUCGUCACUACCUACAUCUUUAGUCAUAUGGUAUGACAGUGUUACUAUUAAUGGUGACCUUGACUGGAAAAAUCAGUUGAAUGACAUGAAUAAACCUUUCUUUGAUUUAUGUGAUGGCAUACUUGUAAACUAUACAUGGAAGGAAACUUAUCCUAAGGAAUCCGCUUCAGUUGCUAGUGAUAGACGUUUUGAUGUCUAUAUGGGAAUUGAUGUCUUUGGGAGGAACACAUAUGGUGGUGGAGAGUGGACGACAAAUGUUGCACUUGAUGUGAUAAAGAAUGAUGAUGUGUCAGCAGCAAUUUUUGCUCCUGGGUGGGUCUAUGAGACCAAGCAACCACCUGAUUUUCAAACUGCUCAAAAUCGAUGGUGGGGGCUCGUUGAGCAAUCUUGGGGAAUUUCAUUGAAAUACCCCCAAGCACUUCCAUUCUACUCAAAUUUUGACCAGGGUCAUGGCCACCAUAAAUCAGUUGAUGGAGCACAAGUAUCAGGCACUCCUUGGAAUAACAUUUCUUCCCAAAGCUUCCAACCCUUUCUCAAGUUCUCUGGAGAUUCUGCAUCAGAUACCAUCCAAGUCUCCGUCGAUUUUAAGGAAGCAUCUUACAGUGGAGGAGGGAAUAUCACAUUUAAAGGAACUCUUGAUGGUGAUGCUUAUUUUAAGGCAAGGCUCUUCCAAGGGGAGCUCAUUUUGGGAGAUUUACCAGUUCACUUUACAUACUCUGUGAAAUCAAAUGACAGCUCUCUUCUAGGACUUUUGCUUGAGUUCUCAUCUGCCAUGAAAGACAAAAAAUCCAUACUUCUUGCAUCCUGGAGAAACACUUUGCUUGCGAUGAACCGUUUCUCAAGCCAAUUUAGUUCUGUGAUAAUGCCACGUCGGGUUACGAAUGCGGAGGCAGCACCAGAAUGGAUCGUGCAGGAAAGUAGCAUUGCAAUGGGCGGUUACACGCUAACAGAAAUUCAUGCUGUAUGCUACAUGGCAACGCCUCUAGUCACUGGCUCUCAACUGGAACCAGAUGGUCCCAAUUCAUCGCUUGCUCUUAGUCAAUCCGAGUAUUCUGCUGUACUUGGGCAUCUAAAUGUCCAUAUGCCUUCACAGAACUCAGAUUUCCCACCAUCUGCCUCUUGGACUGUUGGAGGUGUAUACAUAAAAUGGAGUUCAGGUUCUGAAGGGUCCAAGAAACUUAGUGUCAAGCUAAUGUGGCAAUUGAAAGAUGGGAAAGACUCUGCAUUCCCUAUGUUUAAUAUUUAUGUCCAGAAACUGGUGGAUCCCAAGCUAACUGACAAAAUGCUUGCUGAAGUGGCAGAGUUUCUUGGUGUUGCAGAAGUGGAAGCAUUUUACAUUUCUGACCUCAUUCUGCCUUCUGCUACUUCAAGCCUCAAAUUUAUAAUUCAGGUCUGCAAUUUUGAUGGGGCCAGCCAAAAGCUAGAAGAUUCUCCUUUUCUAGAUUUGCAGGUGAUGCGACUGCCAAAAACGAGAUCCGAGCUGAACUGUGAUUCUGCCGAGCUAGCUGGUAGGGGGCAGGGUGGCCGUGCCGACCUGUAAGCAAAGAUGCGGCGGGGCUGGUUCCCCGGAGCAACUCCGACGAUCAAGUCAAUAAAAGCUUGGAAUCGAAGUGAGUAUGUGUUCCAAAGAAAUAGCGUACCUAGCACCUUCACAAUGCGUUGUAUUUAUAGAGUCGGAGGUAGUAGUUUCCUAGCAGGACAAGGAGCCUUCCAUAGCGGGACUCCUUCUAGGGUUCCGCUAACUAGUUCCGAUGAGUUCGGGCGGCGCGGCCCACCAGGCCCAUUCAUUCUCAGCUCGGUCAACCUGGUGGGCUGCCAUAUGACUAUCCCGAGCUGACCAUCGAGACGGGUCAACUCUUCUCUGCCGAACUGACAUGAGAAGGAGACGGCCUGACAAGUGCAAGGCAAAAUUGACGUGAAUGUGGGACCCACUACAGCAGGUUCCAGGUUCUUAAUCUACUUUAUUUUAAGGCCGAGCUCGAGCAUGAGGUUUAGUCAUUUCAAUUUACAAGGGUAGAAAAGGGACGCUCAUUCGCUUAAGUUGCUAUUUGCCUGUAUCGUUUCAAGAAUAGGAUGAAUAAAUAUUUUUUCUUCUUCUUUUGGUUAGGAACAUGUUAUGGUGAUUUUCUUCGAGAAUAAGCAGCACAAGGUGAAAUAUAGCAUUAGAUGACAAA